ACCUUUUCUAUGUUUAGAACAAAUUUGAGGAUUGCAAUCAUCUGUUACAUGCAGUAAAAACACGUUGCAGUGAUACAGUAGUCAGCAUUUACUUACUUUACUGUGAGAAAAAAAACCACAUUAUCUUAGUUUAGUUGUUGCUGAAAAACAGAAAAGCAUAUACAUUAAAGAGAGAGUGGCACACAUUAGAUUUUGUGGCACAAAUAUCAAAGUGCAUUAAAACAAAGUCUAAAUCUUUUCGUCCAAACCAUAAAUGCUUUAAAGAUAUUAUUUUAAAGGACCCCCUCCCUGAAAUCAAAAGCCUACUUAUGUUCCACCAUGUUCUACAUUUACCCUCCUUAAUUAAGAUAAAAGGCAGCAUACACAUGUCGCAACGCCCAGUAGUUACGGGUUACUUAGUUGAUGUAUAGAAGUCUGUGGCUGCUACCAGCUUCACUGAGCAGAGGCACAUCCCAGCAGAUGCACUGAUUCCAUACGGCUGAUCUGUAAUUACCGCAAAUUAGAGAGCUUCUGCAGCAUCGUCCCAGUUAAAGAAAGCAUCCACCCAGCCAUGGUCAACAUGGCCCAAUCUGGUCAGGAAGGUAAUGCAGACCAGUGGUUAAAACGUAUGCAUAAUUUGGGACAAGAAAACCAUAGAAACGUGGAAAACAUAGACAUGAAUACACGUUGACUGCUCUUAGUUGGUACAGAAGGAACCAGGGUAGUAGAUGAAGCUGUACAGUGGGUUAAAAAACAGUGGUGUUACUUACGGUACAUCAGUGCCUUCAUAGUUAAUUUAUGCAGCAUGUCUGAGACUACUGCAUUUUUCACUGUGCCUACAAUAAGGUCUUCAGAUUGUUCAGUCAUUUAGGUUCAAAGAGUCAGAACAGAAAACAGUUAUCAGUUUUGGUAUUCUUAUCAGGUCCUUCUAGAGAAGAUUUCUUAACGUGGUUGUCUGGCUUUUGAGCUGAGAUUUCACUGGUUAUGUGAAAUGUGAGGCAGCAUAUUUAAAGGACUGUUGGACAGCACAGGGAUGCCACCUCCCCUCUCUGAUGCUGUGCUCUCUAUUAGAUUAGCUAGCUGGUUGCGGCUAUGCUACCCCCGGUGCUGAUGUCAUCUGUCAGACUCUCCUUCACCACUUGCCUAGUUUCCCUCCUCCUUUUCCUCUUUCUCUCUCUUUUCUGUGUGACUGAGCUAGUGAGGGCUUGUCCUGGGAGGUUAGUGGACUGGUUGUGUCUAUCUGGACAGAGAUCAGUGGAGUGAGAGAGGCAGUGCUUUCAGAGCUGGACCCUACUCCCUGGAGAAAGGCAGUUUUACUCUGUUGGAUAGCCGGCCUUUCCGCUGAUGCAUCUUUACCAUAAAGGGAGUGGGCCAUGGAGAUUGACAAACAACAGCACAGCAAAGACUCUGUGUUCUUCCGUGACGGAGUUCGCAGGAUUGAUUUCGUCCUGUCCUAUGUUGAUGAUAAAGAUGGGGAGAGAAAACAGGAGAGGAGGAAGGUGUAUGAGGCCAAUUUGGAGAAAGUUGGCCUGGAGUUGGAGACAGAAGAUAAAUCGGAGUCAGAGGAUGGCAAGACAUAUUUUGUGAAAGUCCACGCUCCAUGGGAAGUGUUGGCUACCUACGCAGAUGUGCUGAAGAUCAAGGUUCCAUUCAAGGUCAACGACAUCCCAGACAACAGCGAGAUGCCCAUGAACUGGCUGUCCACGCCGUUUCGUCUGCCUGAGCACAUCAUGCACCCUGAGCCAGACUUUUUCACAGCUCCCUUCAACAAGAGCAAAUCUGACUUCUUCCUUAUCGACGACAAGGACACGUUCUUUCCUCCCUCUACGCGCAACAGGAUAGUCUACUAUAUCCUGUCCCGCUGUUCCUACUUCAGGGAUGAAUGUGCAGAUAAAGACAAAAAGGGAAUCAAGAGGUUGCUCAACAAUGGCACCUACACUGCUGCCUUCCCCCUGCAUGAUUCAAGAUACUGGACAAGAUCGAGGGAUGAUAAGUGCGAGAGUGAGAGAUACAACCUCUACAAACACUGGGCCAGAUUCCUGUGUUUCUUUAAGGAGCAGCCCCUCAACCUUGUAAGGAAGUAUUAUGGGGAGAAGAUUGGGAUUUAUUUUGCGUGGCUGGGAUUCUACACUGAGAUGCUGCUGUUUGCUGCAGUUGUAGGGACUAUUUGUUUCAUUUAUGGAUUCCUCACCUAUGAUGACAACCAGUGGAGUAAAGAAAUAUGCAGUGAGAAAAUUGGGGGCAAUAUUGUCAUGUGCCCACUGUGUGAUAAAAAAUGUAGCUACUGGAAACUCAACACAACAUGCAAUUCCUCAUGGCAAUCACACUUAUUUGACAACGUGGGAACAGUGUUUUUUGCCAUAUUCAUGGGGAUUUGGGUGACGCUGUUUCUGGAGUUCUGGAAGAGGCGGCAGGCCCGUCUAGAGUAUGAGUGGGAUCUGGUCGACUUUGAGGAGGAGCAACAGCAGCUGCAGCUUCGGCCAGAGUACGAGACCAAGUGCACCAACCGCAAGAUGAACCGCAUCACUCAGGAAACUGAGUGGGUUCUUGACAGGACUGCUACAGAUCUAGUGGGGAAAUUGUUUCUGUGCUGGGCCACCGUACUCCUCUGGAUCUCAUUGAUCAUUGCCUGCAUCAUUGGGGUCAUAGCGUACCGCUUGGCGGUGUAUGCGGCCUUUGCUAGCAUCAUGAAGGACAGUCCCACCACCCACCUGGAGGUGGUUGGUCCCUACAUCACACCACAGCUGGCCACUUCUGUCACCGCCUCUUGCAUCAACUUUGUCAUCAUCAUGAUCCUCAACCUCAUGUAUGAGAGAGUGGCUAUUUGGAUCACUGAUAUGGAAAUUCCAAAGACCCACCUGGAAUAUGAGAACAAACUGACGGUGAAGAUGUUCCUCUUCCAAUUUGUCAACUACUACUCCUCCUGCUUCUAUGUGGCUUUCUUUAAGGGAAAGUUUGUUGGCUAUCCUGGAAAGUAUGCUUAUAUGUUUGGCUGGAGCACACUAAGGAAUGAAGAGUGUGACCCUGGCGGUUGUCUUAUCGAGCUGACCACCCAGCUGGUGAUAGUGAUGACUGGGAAACAGGUGUGGGGCAACAUCCAGGAAGCUCUGGUCCCGUGGCUGAUGAACUGGUGGGGCAGCAGGAAGGCACGAAACCACCCAGAGAGUCUGUACAGCCGCUGGGAGCAGGACCACGACCUGCAGGGCUUUGGACAGCUGGGCCUCUUCUAUGAGUACCUGGAAAUGGUGAUCCAGUUUGGUUUUAUCACACUGUUCGUCGCCUCCUUCCCCUUGGCACCCCUGCUGGCGCUCAUCAACAACAUCAUUGAGGUUAGAGUGGACGCUUGGAAACUCACCACUCAGUUCAGACGCCCUGUGGCAGCCAAGGCUCACAGCAUCGGAGCCUGGGAGGAAAUCCUCAACGGGAUGGCUGUGCUCUCUGUGGUGACAAAUGCGUUCAUCGUGGCCUUCACCUCUGAUAUGAUCCCUCGGCUAGUGUACAUGUACGCCUACCAGCCAGAGAUGAACAUGAAAGGCUACAUAAACAAUAGCCUGUCGGUGUUCAACAUCUCUGACUUCCUAACGGACAGCAGGCCAGAUGAUGACGAGAAUCCUGCCUGGUUCAACAGUUCCAUCACUACCUGCAGGUAUCGUGAUUACCGCUAUCCUCCUGGGCAUGAGAAGCAGUACUCCCACACUAUGCAGUUCUGGCAUAUUUUGGCUGCCAAGCUGGCUUUCAUCAUUAUCAUGGAGCAUGUUGUGUUCGUAGUUAAAUUCCUUGUGGCCUGGUUGAUCCCUGAUGUGCCAUCCGACGUGAGGGCUCGGGUGAAGAGAGAGCGCUACCUGGUCCAGGAGUAUCUCCACAACUACGAAGUGGAGAAGCUGAAGAUCCAACUCAGCCAAAACAGCAACGAGUGCAACUGCACGCCCAUGAUAUAUCCGUCUUUAUCCAAACAUGAGGUGCUGUCAGAGUGCCUUUAGCCCGACGAGCUGCUGCUUGACCAGCGGGAUGUGGUGAUGUAGAUUCCCCUGCUUGUGUAUUCUGAUACUGACCACCCCUUUGCAGCGUUGCCUGUGUUGUUUAUUACAUGCUCACAGACGACGUUUACUAAAGAGCUAGAGGUUCACUCAACUCAAAGAUAUCCCUCUACUACAAACCUGCUGAUAGUGGACUUAUAGUGCACAACUUGCAAAGACCAAGUCUCCAUGCAUGCUGAAACCUUGAGGCACUUGAAUUUAAACAUCUUUCACCUAUUUAUGGCUUUUCACUCGCUGUGUUGUAAUUACAGUGUUGAGGAUAUUUAACAUUUGCUGUAAGGAAAGAGGAAAUCAUACACUGAGUCUAAACCGGACAGCUUGUUUUAAAACAAGACUAUUUAUUUUAAGUGCCACUAUGAGUAACCAAAGACUUGAUGCCUUAAUAUGAUAAAUCACAAAGUCAUCAUCGGUUCUAUGUCAGUCAAAUCAAAGUUACUGGAAAUUUUGCUUCUUCUUGAAUGUUUGAAUAUUUCCUUUGUUCAAACUUUAUGUUCAGAUUAAUGAAGCUUUCAAGUGUCAUAUAAUGUAAGUUUGUUCCAACUCUUUUUUUGUUGUUUUCUACAGUUAUUGCAACAAAUGUGAGCAUUGUUUAUUUCUCAGCAUUGAGGUCACAGCACAGAUGUAACACAAUUUUCCCAAAUUAUGUGCCUCACUCCCCUGGCUGUUAGAGGCCUGGACACAUUCUGUCAUAAUCUCACAACAAACCAACACUUUCUGUAGGCCAAAACCUGACAUGUGAAGUAGCUUCUUCUUUUUUUUUAUGAAGAGAAAUCUGUGCUGCUGUUACUACUGUGAGUAAGGACAGAUUUUGUCCUACGUUGGCCAGUUGUUCAGCCGCAGGAGCAGCAGCUGGUGCGCGUUGACUGUUGACAGUGUGUACUGUUCAUGGAGAUGAGAGACGAAAAACCUAAGAGAGUGAAGAGAUCCCUUUUUAAUGUGCCUCUGUUUACCGACAUGUCGCCGCUAAUGAAAGCCUUUCCCCUCCUCCUACUGAACCCUGUUUGCUCCAUUACACAAAGCACAUCAGCCAUCGCCUAGCUCUUGUGCUUCUGGUUUCCUCUGCUGUUUCUGUGUAGAGAAGGAAAGAUACACAUUCUUUUUUUUUUAUUUUGCACAAAGCACUUAAUGAAACAUGACUACCAAGACAUACGCAUGUCAAACUAAUUGUUGUCAUGACACUCUGUACUCAUAAUCAGUGUUUUGAAGCAGCAAGGUGUGAUAAUUGUUGUUCAUUUAAACGGAAGAAAAGCUGUACUGUUAGUAAGAAGGAGUUCCCUGUUCUGAUUUUGAUGUUUGUAUUAAGUUGAAAUGUCAGCAAGAAAACAAAAUGUAGCUUUUGUUAGAAAUUAUAUGAAGGAUGUUUCACAUUUAUAAGAUGGCCUACAUGGUCAUGUGGGAGGUGUAUCUGUUACUGAACUAUUUAAAUUGAAUAUCAAGUAGCCGACUGGUUGUGCUACAGACUCAGACAAUUAAAUCUGUUGAUUUAAGGUGUAUUUAGAUCUGGCAGUCUAACUACACUUGCCUUACUUAUUACCUUCGCUCAGCUGAAGUAAUGCCUGUUGAUGCCUUAAUACAUCCAAUACUUUGUUUUCUCUUGUAUUUACUUGUACUUCUCUCUCACCCUGUUUUGUGUAUGUUGUUUUUUGUUUAUACUUUAGUAAUAUUUUAUUUUACAUACUUGUGGGUGAAAAAGGUGAACCUGUUUACUGUAUGCUUAAAGUUAAAAUUUCAAGUUUUUAUUCAUUUUUGUAAUUGUCCUUUAUCCAAAUGUGUAAUGCAACAGAAAAAAAAAUCUGUAAAAUAAAGUACCAGUUCAGCUUGA